UUUUUCCAUGUUGAACACCUUUGAAAAUUGUAACUUGACUCGGCUGAGUUGAGUUGAGAAUUGGAAUCUUACUAAGAUCAUCGAAAUCAUACACAUGAUACAAGGCAAAAAACUGGGACAUACUGCAGAGAUCCAUCGUGAGAGUGAUGGCUUGCAAAACUGCCGAAGAAGAUGAAGUGCAUACUGCCUCUGAUUGCGACAAAAUUGUUUGUACGAAGAGGGAGGCUAAGAUGCAGGUCUAGAACUGAAUGUCUUUCAUGAUUUAAAGGAUGAGAACCUGCAAGGAACUAGAAACUCACUAGAUAAGCAUUCAUUUUCGAAAUCUUAAAUUCAAAAUGAAUAACUAGAAAGACUAAGAUUUGAACAAGAUAAAUAACAGGAACAUGAAAAAUAAGGAUCAAAUUGAAAAUAGAAAUAAACAAAACAACUAAUGCAUGAUGAUAAGAGAGGAAAAGCAGGGGAAAUUAAUGGAAAAACAUGAAGAGAAGAUUGAAAACAGCCGAAAAGAUUAAAGAAAUUUUGAUGAAAGAUGGUACUGAGUUAACUCAGUUUUUCUCCGACUUGCAGAGCUCUUUAAGUUUGUCUUUGUAGUCGGAUGAUUCUUAUUGGUCAAACUACCUCUAAUAUAGUGUUAUUAUGACUAAUUUGUAUUUCCUACAAAAGGUGAGCUCUUGGACUGCCCAUGAGUUAAAAGAACCUUAAACCCAAAUAUCCAUCCCGCAAAUGAAAAAGAAUUUCCGUCCGGCAAAUGAAAAUAAAUGAAAAUUUUAUCUAGGGUUAUAUUCCUUGCAGUUUCCGUCCAUCCUUCUCUAAUCGAAAUCAUUCGACAUUGAUGGUUCUGGAUUUACUCAUUUCAGGUAUUUCUCACACACUCUGUAAUUUAAUUUGUUAGGGUAAAACAAAAUCCAUGGAAGAAGAAUCAGAAAUUUCUCCAAUUUCAGAUUUCAAUGGAGAAGAAGAAGUAGAUAGACUUAGCAAUUUACCCGAAUCUCUGAUUCACCAUAUUCUAUCUUUCAUUGACAUGAAAUAUUCAGUUCAAACCAGCGUUUUGUCAAAGAGAUGGAGAUAUAUGUGGACUCCUCUCCGAAUCCUAUCUAUGAAUUAUGAUUAUUCUAAACACAGAAAGUUACAUAAUGAUGUUGAUGACUAUAUGUAUUUCGUAGAAAGAGUACUCAUGAUUCGUGAUAAUACUUGUGAUAUACAAAAGUUUCAUCUUAUUUGUCAUGAAGAUGUGGAGGAAUUUACUGAGAUAAACUUUCCACUUGAGACUUGGAUGCUUGGUGUUGUAAGACGUAAGAUUCAAGAUCUAUUACUUGAUCUUCCCCUACCUCAUAACUCCCGGUUACCUCCAUGCAUCUUUACUUGUAAGUCGUUGACGAAGUUGGUAUUGUAUUGCGAUAGUUAUAAACAGACGAUGGUUACUUUGCCCAAAUCGUUUGAUUUACCUAACCUCAAGAGCCUGAAGCUUAAAUGGGUUUCAAUUUAUGAUACAGACUUGACCAAUAAGUUCUUGUCAAGCUGUCCUGUUCUAGAAUCGUUGGCAAUUACAAGAUCAUUUGUGAAUCUAACUGACAUUAGGGCUCCUAACCUUAAGUACUUGACAUUAAAACACAACGAAUGUCAUGGAAUAGGAGGGCGGAAAGUCAGGUUUUAUGCUCCACUUCUCACAUCAUUCAUUUGUGAAAGUGACAUGACUCAUAAGCUUGACUAUGCUCUAGAGAACAUUUCUUCUCUAGUUACUUGUGAUAUUACAAUGGCGGUAGACUGGACCGACAAAGAAGAAGAACCAGGGGCGUAUCCAAAGUUUACUGCAGAGGAUAAGGUACAAUAUGCUCAAAAUAUGAUGAAAUUGCUGAAAGCUGUUCGUAGUGUCAAAGAUCUCAUGUUAUCACGUUGGCUCAUUAAGGUUAUGUCUGACGUCCCUGAAUUACUGGAUUGUCACACUUUUGAAUAUUCGAAUCUGCGGGGUUUGACGCUACGGCCAUAUCUUACUAAAGAAUGCUUUCGUACAAUAACAUACAUAUUGAAGAUUUCUCCUAAUAUAGAAAUUCUUUGCGUGGUUAUAAACGAGAGUUUCGAUGAUGAUGAUGGGCUGCCGAAGUAUCCAUUAUGUGAUGAGAUAAAUGACGACUCGCCAGAUACAAGUGAUGAUUGGGAAACAGGAUUGUCAUUGCCAUGCUUUUUAUAUAACCUAAAAGUUGUUAGGAUUCACAAUGUCAAGGGGCGCAUAAAUGAACUCAAGUUUCUAGAGGUUUUGCUGAAGAAUGCCAUGGUUCUAGAGAAUUUGAUCCUUUACUGGGACUGGGAUCAAGACCCAGGUAAUAGAGCAGUGACAAGACGAAUGAAGAAAUUCACUGAGAAACUUAUCGAAUUUCCAAGAGCAUCUCCAUAUGUCACAUUCAUGUGCUUCUAGAUUCAGGACUACUACGUAUCAUGUGCUUCUAGAUUCAGGACUACUACGUAUAAUUCUUUUUUAAUUAUUUUAAAUCAAUUUUUUAGAUGGUAAUAGUAAAAUUUCAAUAAUUAAUUGCAAAAUAUUUAUGAAUCAAGUAAUAGAAAUAUUUUACAUCGCAAGUUUUUGCUGC